AUAAAUAACAAUACAAUGCCGGAGUAUGAAAGUACAAAGUCGAGGUUAAAAGACAAAUACCAUAGACCUAAUAAGUUAAGAGCAAAAAUAGAAGCUAAAGUAGGCGUGGGUAUAAGACCAAAACCGACCGAAGCAGAAACGCCAAAUAAAAAAAGUAAAAGAGUACGAAAACGUAGGAGGAAAAAGAAACGCGCAGACUCACCCGAAAAAUUAAAUUGUCAACAUCCGAAAACUGUACCAAAUAAAAUAAUUGAACACACACAAGAAAUAACGCAAAAACCGGAAUAUCCAAAAAUACAAAUAAUACCAGCAAAUUCAGAUUCACGAUUUGAUGAAUUAGAAUGGAUUAAACAAAAUGAAGCGCUCUUAAUAGCUGACUUAAAAACACGUCAACAAGCUGGUUUACCAAUUCAAGUAGUAGUUAGAGUUGAAAAAAUUACACCUUCAGUACCAGAAUAUUGUCAAAUUAUUCCAGACUUUUGCCACUUAGAUGUGAUUAAAGAGGAAACAAGUGCAAGCGAUGAAGAUCCAAAUAAAGAAACUUUAGAAUGUUCCGAACAAAUUAAAAACGCGAAUAAUUUCGAAAAGUUACCUGAAGUUUAUGGUACAUGUAUCGAUGAAAGUAAAAAUCAUGAAUUAGAAAUCGUUUCAAAAGUUAAUGCAAGCGAAGUAAUCGCUUCUGAAUGUCAACUCGAAAGACUAGAGUCUCCGUCUUUAGUCAAAGAGUCGGAGAUUCUCAGAUUCGCAGAUAUCGUUAUUAAUGAAAACGAAUGUGUCAUUGAAUUAGAAACACUUGUACCGUUAAAAAACGAGUCUUUAGAUGUACAUAAUAUAGAAAAUAAUGAAUAUGUUGACUGUAGAACACAGAGUAUUUCAAACAAAAAUAAUUUAAUCAAUGGAAAAUAUAAGGACCAUUUCAAUACAGAAUAUGUUAAGGUUAACAAAAGUCCGAUGCAACACGAAAAAACAAUAAAUAAUAGUAUGAUUGUAAAUGGAAAUAGUAAAAAAAAUCAAUUUAUAACAAAUACUUUACUCGAUAUAGAAUCAUAUGAAAAUCAAAAAAAUCAAAAAAAUCCUAUUGAAAUUCAUUGUAAAGAUAAAACAGUAAACGACUUGGAUAUUUUAAAUACAAAAACUCAACUCAUUAAUUCCUCUGGUUCAGUCGAACUUUCACGUAAUUCAAUCAUGAAAAAAAAUAAUGAAUUUCAAAAGAAUGUUUUUAAUAAUAACCUUCAAGAUAACACGGAGCACGGUGGAGAGUCUUCGGACGAUAGUACUAUAAAACAAUAUAAGAUAUAUGACCAUAAACAAAAAUCACGUAAACAAAAUAAAGUUUCCAUCAACGAUAAAUUAAAACAAAUAGCUAGAUUACUUCAGGAUGACACCGAUGAUUACGAAGAAUUACAAUCAUCUCAAACAACUUCUAGAUGUGUUUCAACAGCUUCUGAUGCUGACGUGGAUACAGAUUGGGUAAGUUUCACUCUCUCUGACGGCGAGUCAUCAAAAUCUUUAUGUCUAUCUCCUAGUCAGUCGAAAUCGUGUUACGCUCCGUCCAGUAGUUCUAAUACAUCUGAAAUUAUUGAUCUGCACAAAAAGUUUCUCAAUAGAACAAGAAGUCCAAAUUUAUCACCACGUCAAGAUAUAACACCCAUGGUAGAUAUUUUAAGUUAUAACAAAUCUCAAUCACAGUCACCUUCAAAGUCGUAUAGUUCCGAAGUUUUCGACGAAGCGUGUCGAAUGUGCGGUACUAGUGACGAACCAUUAUCUGAUGCUGAAUGUCUAGUGUCUUUGCGCAAGUAUCGAGAAACACGAUCUAGAUUAUUGGAUGUAAUCCAAAAAGAACAACAACUUAAUCGAUCAGUCAUCGAUCGACCGUCAUCAAUGCCUACAUUUAUGGACACACUGUCGUUUCCCGACAACCACACAAGAGAACUUAUGUACGCAGAGUACAUGGAAAAAGUGAAAGAAAGAGAAAUUAGACUUCAAAAUAAAGUUAUUCGAAUUACGAAGGCCAGUAGACCGUUGUCAUCAGGUACUCUGCAAUCACUAAAUGAUAUCGAUGCAGAGUUUGUAACCAAAGCCCGAGAGAGGUUGGAUAAGUUGGGCGUCGAGGCGGAUGUGCAUGUAGAAGUGAAGGAUGAAUAUUAUCCAAAACACUUGGUGGAUAUUGUACCGGAAGAAGAAGUUUGCAUCGAAGAAGUGCACAUGAAUGGUGUCUGGUCRCCAGAGCUAAAGCAUAAAUCAUUGGACUUAGAGAAUAUCUCAAGCAAAGUAGAAAAAAAACAGCCACGGACCGAAAUACCUCCAGUAUGGACACCCAAUUCCAGCCCAACACCUGAGAGAAAGUCUUACAAGCCAGUCAGGUUCGAAUCACCAACGUUAUCACGUAAAAUAACCAAUGUGGAUACUACAAAUGUAUCUUCAAAACCACCGGUUGACUUACCUAUAUUGAGCCCUCCACUACCACCUCCUCUUCCACCAUCAUUACCAUUGAAAUCACAAGGUGAUGAAAAUGUUCAUAGCACGGACAGGAGACUUCCGAGAGUWCAAAGCCCUACUGUUACACUCCUUCAGAAAGCAAGAGAAGGACAAUUACCAAAAGGCUCUGCAUACCUCAACUUGGAAGAAUAUAAUAUGGACAAAGAAAAUAAAACUAGAGGUUCUACUGUUAAACGUAAUGUCGAAACCCAAGAAAUAAAAUAUGCUUCAAGGCGCGAAUAUGACGGUCUGCAAUCGGAUGAGAAAAAGCAAAAAAAAAUGGUCGAAAUCAGUCAAAAAAAGUAUGAAGGCAUCGGCCCGACAACCAAAGAAGGAGUUCCAAUUGUAUUAAGAUCGGAAAUCAAAGAACCAAACCAACCAAAAUGGUACAAACAGAUGUAUGAAUCUUUACAUAAGUUUCAAUCCGAUGAUGAAGGGGUAACAGUACGAUACAAAACAUUAUCGCGAGGACCUAAAGCUAGAAAAGGUGACGGAUAUUUAUCAGAACCGGAAAAAGGAUAUGAUUCAGAUUUCUGCGAAAACAGACUGUUUCAAAAUUUAGACGGCGAAUAUACGAGAAAUGUUUCCAUGAGAAGAUCAGUAUCUCCUGUAAAAUGUGGACAAGAUAGAUAUAAGAACCAGCCAAGACCAAUUGAAAACUAUGAACCAGGACAUUCUUCGAUAGCCGAGAAGGAAACGAAACAGUGGUGGGACGAGGUAAUGAAUACUUUUGACGGGAAUUCCGACCAUAAAAUUCCCCCUCCUCAAAAUCGGUCAUCGUCAAAAAAAUCAAAUUUAGCUCAAGCUUUAAAAGAAUCUGGGUAUGAAAGCGAUUCUACAUUAAUAUUUAAAAGACAAGAAAAUCAAUCUCAAUGUCUUUCACCAACUGAACAAAAAACAGCAUAUAAAGUAAUUCAAAAUGGCGGAGAAGUACCAUUCCAGGGUUUGAGAAAAACUUUUCCUGAGCGACCAAAAGAUUCACCGCACAAAUAUGCGGAGUCGGAGGUGACAUUACAGUAUCGUCGUCCGGUUAGAAAUGAAAUUAAAGAAGAAUGGUCAGAAGAAGAGUUAGCUAACAAGCAGGCAGAAGCUAUGAGAAGGAUUUACCAAGAGGAAAGACGGAGAAAGUACCUUCAAGAACUUCAAGACAUGUCGAAUAGGAGACACGCAGACAACUUAUUGCCUUCUCAAAAAUCUCCUAUCCCCUUAAACCGCUACGAUGACUUCGUAGACGAAAGUCAACAGCCACCAAGAAGUCGUACUCCAGAACCAAAGCUCGUAGCAAGAGCUUUAUAUAAUUUUGUUGGCCAAACGUCCAGAGAACUAUCGUUCCGGAAAGGUGACAUCAUAUUCGUCCGGAAGCAGAUUGACAAGAAUUGGUACGAGGGGGAACACAACGCCAUGGUCGGAUUGUUUCCUUUCAACUAUGUCGAGGUUAUUCCGUACGAUGGAGUCAGGACAACGCCGCACAGACCUUACGAGGGCCAGGCAAGAGCAAAAUUCAAUUUUGUGGCACAGACCAAUAUGGAAUUGUCGUUAGUCAAAGGGGAACUGGUUGUUCUGACUAGGCGUGUUGACAACAACUGGUACGAGGGCAGAAUCGGAAGUAAAAAAGGAAUAUUCCCUGUAUCUUAUGUCACAGUUUUAGUGGAACCAGGCGAUCAUCCGAAUCCGUCGACAAGCGAGUCAUUCAAGCCCGUGGCGUCCCCGGCAUCGCAUUCUCUGAUUACCAGCAACCCGCCGAAGACGCAGCACAUGUACCAGCCGGAUAGCUAUUCUUCAAUGCCGACAAGAAGUUCCGGGACCCAAACGAAUAAGAAACAAACAAAUAACAUGAACGAAACUCUACAUGUUGACGUACAUUCAGAACCCAUGCCUUAUAGGGCGUUAUACAAUUAUAAGCCACAGAACAGUGACGAAUUGGAACUUAGAGAAGGCGACGUAGUCUUCGUAAUGGAAAAAUGCGACGACGGUUGGUACGUGGGAUCGAGUAAGCGGACAGGAUGUUUCGGCACUUUUCCCGGCAAUUAUGUCCAACGCAGUAUCUGAUCUGUUCACGAAAAAACAAAAUAAUUUUCUAAAAAAUCAUCCAUGUGUCUCCUCCUCGACCCCAGCUCCGUGUCCCCGGAUUCUCACUUGUCUCUCUAAGUAAAACAUAAUAUUUUUAUAUACCAAAGGAUUUUGCAUUAUCUAUAAGUUGUUUUUUUUUUUUUAUUAUUAUUAUUGGUUAUAGUUUUAAACGUUCACUGUUAACAUAUAAUACGUAUUAUGUGUAAUGUACAUUUUGUCUGUAAUUAGAUAUUGUGUUGUUAUAAUCGAAUAACAUUAUAUUAUUACUAUUAUUAUUAUCAUUAUUAUUAUUAUUAUUAUUAUUAUUACGAUUAUAAUUAUUGUAAAUUAAAAAACACUAGUCAAUCAAUAUCACUAUUAGAGAUACAAUAGAAUAUUAUAUACCUAGGAAGGUACUCUAUUAAUAUUCUAAUGGUAUAGACCACUAUAUAGGUACUUUAAUACAUUAUACUUCAACAAAGUUGUUAAUAUUUGUAUAAUAAUAAUAUAAUACUAUUUUACUUUUAUGCAUAAUAAUAAUAUAGAACGUACGUCAUUUAUGACCGAUCGACACAUGUGUAAACCUAAACUGCUUUGUUUUUCUAAGAAUCUUAGCCCCUCUGAACGAAACCAGAAUAUAUUAUAUUAUGUUAUUUUAUUGA